AUGCUUUCAGGAGGCGUCAAACUACUCGACUUGGUCAAAGUACACAUCAUCUUGGAAGAGCUGGGCCGGUUAAAAGUAAGAGUCAAGUGGCGAUCGAGAUUCAUGUUUAACGGUUUGCAAUCGGAACAAGACACUUGGUCUAAUUGUGUCAAGAUUGUAUUGGGUUUAUUAGAGGAUAGCUUGUUAAAAGAUGUCGUCCUUCCUAAAAGUGUGCAAAUGACGCCAGAUUUGGCCAACAAACGCAGUUUGAGUACAGACAGUUUAUCGAAUCCCAAUUCACCAGGCGGUAGUGCUGGUGUGGGGGGCUCGUCUCUGCAGAGUAUCAAACGUAAACGUAGCUUUAAUGAAUCAGCUGAUCGUAAAUUAAAAAGAGUAUCUGAUAAUUUGGUCAACGAUAUGGCUCGUAAUUUGACCGUGGGUGGCAAUGGCAAUACGCAUGCGAAUGCCCAAGGUGCGUCCAUCAGCAUGAUGAAUCCACAACAACGCAAUCCUGUACCUGCUUUACAUCAAUUAUCAGGUGCAGGUGGUGCCAUGCCUUCUCAUCCUUUACUACAGCCGCCAUCCUCAUCAGCGGCUUCUUCAAGUAUUCCUACCAAUUUGGAAGAUUGGAUGAAGUUACAAGCGCAACGUUUCCGUAUGCCUUUAGAAGUGUUUGCUCAGUUAUUUGAAAGCAAACAAAAAUUACUCCGCAUUCAAUUGGACCGUUUACAACAACCCAAUCAGACCUUUGAUCAAUUAAAUCAAAGCUUGAAUAUGGUCAUUCGAUCGGCCAAGGAUUUGAGUGGCGAUGGUAGUUUACCCUUUGGCAAAAUAUUUCCAGAAUGGGCCUUGUACGAAAACAAGAUUAGUAAAUUGGCCAUUUAUGUCCAGUCGAUGAUUGACAUGAAUUAUUCCAUUACACAAACCAUACCUCAAUCCAAUGAUUUACUCCAUGAUAUCCAAGAAUUGCAAAAGAUGAUGGAAAACAAAAUGUCGCUGUAUGGCGAUGCGUUAAUACAAAACGGUUUGGAAUGGAAAUCGUUGGGCUUUCCUGUCGACGAUGCAUUAUUAAACGCGAAUAAAGAAUGGAUCUAUCAUGUCUGUACAGGCCUGUUGGAUGCGUUGGAUGGAGAAUGUAAAAAACUUCAAAACAUUGCCAACGAUGUAAAGCAAAUUGUGAAUACGGCAGAAGGAGAAAAGUUGAUGCAAAUGAUUUUGAAUGGCAUGGAAUUCAUAGCCGAUGCUACGACAUUGAUUGGUUUCUCUACACAAAAGCUCAUUUACCAAUGCCGCAUGUUUUGCACUAUUUAUUGUCAAUGGACUUCAGAAAGUCUGGAUCUUGUCUCUCAUCCUGCUGCACACAGCCAUAGAAAAGUGGAAUUCCAUUACUUGCAACUCUUGGAAAAUGUCACACGUAUCCUCUCUUAUUUAUACAAAAUUUCGGUCGAGAUUGAAGCGCGGCCUAUUCCAGACACGCUUGUGCCUCCUGAAGAGGCCGUCACUUCGGUCGAAAACUUGUCUUCCGCCUUGGUCGAAUCCACCGUAAGAGCGGUAGGCCUCAUUGAAAAGCAACGCGAGAAUCAAGAAGCGCUUUCGAGUAAAGUACAAGUAUUACCACAAAAAAAUCCACCUAUUGGUAACAUAAUGUCCAGUAAAAAAGUCUAUUUUACUUAUAUGGUCGAAGCACUGUUGACUUUUGUAGAUAAAAUUGUGGAUUUGGCAGGAAGAGAGUGGGCAGAUGACCAUCGCAUUAAGACAUUGCGUCAUUACCUUCAUGAACUAGAAAAGUCGGCUGCCCAAGCCUAA